ACUUCCUUGUUUUGUAGUGUGAAUCACGUGAUGAUCGCUAAACCUUAGUAGACAUGAUUAGUAUUAGGAUGGGGAAACGUGGGGUGCCAUGUCUACUGAUGAUACCAGCACAUAAUUGAGAAUGAUUACAAGAUAAUUUGCUGAAUAUACGUGAGAAAUGUAAACGAGCAUUUCUAGAAAAACAAAAUGGCGACCAGUUACGGACAGGACGUGAUACGGUGUGAACUUUGUGAGAAUCCGGCAGAAUUCCACUGCAAUCUCUGUAUUACAGGCUUGUGUGAGAACUGUGUUUUAAAACACAUGAAAGAUAAAACUAAAACACAUGAAGUGGUGGAGUUUAAAAAUAGAAAAGAAAAUCUCGUGUAUCCCGAAUGUAAAUCUCACGAGAGUAAAUGCGAGACUUACUGUCGUGGAUGUAAAGUUCCCGUAUGUAUUAAAUGCAUUAUUAGUAUGCAUAAAGAGCACGACGUCACAGAAAUAGAAGAAAUCAUUCAAAGACAGAGAGAACUUAUCGAGUUUGAUACACAGAAACUCAGGAAGAAAAUAGAAAAUUUACAAAUACGUGAAGAGGAUACCUCGAAAAGGGAGGAGGCAUUUGAUAAGGUCACCGCUGAUAUAACCCAGAGAGAACAAGAAAUAGAAGGAAUGGUCCACGAUGUGGCUGAAAAGAUGAGAAAAGAGGUUGCUGAGAAGAAACAAGAGAACAAAGUGGUGAAUGCUGAAAACAAGUCUAAAGUAUCCGACGCAGAGCGUAAGCUACAACGAACUAUAGAGAAUAACGGCGAACUUCUACAGUCCAGAAAUAUCAUGGAUUUUAUCAAUUAUCGUGCUGCUAAUGACGAUUUGACAAAGGACAUAGAACUGGCUAGGAAUCUCUGCCCAAUAUUCCUAUGCAGCGAAAUUAAGGAGAAUCAAAUUAUGCCGCUAUUUGGAUCGUUAUCUUUUCGAGAGGACAAUAAGGUGAGACAAAUAUUAAACCUAAAAGACACGCCAGAGCUCCUGGCUACCAUACAGAGUCCGUACAGGGUACUGUGGAGAAUAGUAUGUGCUGGGAAGGAUAAAAUUUGGACAAGUGGGAGAAGAAACGAUAUAACGCAAAUAGAUAGGAAGGGGAACAUUUUACUGAGUAUAAAAACCCAUGGGAAUCAUUGGGUGUUAUCAAUAGAUAAUCAGCAGCGCUUAGUGUUUUCAAAAUCGUAUGAUACCAAGGUCUACAUGUACAAGGAGGGAAAUGUAGAGACAUGUUUGAAUCUGACGAAUUGGCUUCCGAGGGGCAUCUGUCACACAAAGAAUGGGGAUAUGUUAGUGAGUAUGCGCUCUGAAAAUAAAAAACAAAGUAAAGUGGUGCGGUACUCGGGCACCACGGAGACUCAGACGAUCCAGUAUGACGGACAGGGAGAGCCAUUGUUUUCUACUAGUUCAACAGCUGUGCUUCUUCUGACUGAGAAUGGGAAUGGAGAUAUUUGUGUUUCUGACAAUAGCGGGCAUGAAGUGGUCGUGGUGAAUGCGUCUGGGGGAUUAAGAUUUAAGUACCGGGGCAGUCAGCAAUCCAAGUACACAGCAUUUCAACCAUACAAAAUAGCUACUGAUGUCAACCAUCACAUUCUGAUAAACGACAAUAUGAAUAACAUUGUCCACAUUACAGACAGUGGCGGUAACUGUAUCCGUUAUAUAGAAUAUCCGUGUAGUGGAGGACUUAGUAUUGAUGCUGAACAUAAUCUUGUAAUUGGAGACGAAUCAUCCGGAAAAAUCAAAAUCCUCAAAUACCUGAAGUGACAACCGUUAUAGAAAUUCAAACACGACUACACAUACUUGUAUGGCUUUAGUAACACCAGCAUUUCAUCUUGAUCGAAUGGGAGCUUUAAAAGGAACAGUAUGAACUUAUCAAAUCGUAUUUGUUAAAACAAAAUUAAAUCAAAACAAAUUUUCCUUAACACCUUGUCUUACCAGUGUAAAAAUACAUAAUACAAACUUAGUAUAUUUGCACAUUACUAUGUAAUGUAAUACAAUCGCCGAAUGCAUUAUAUGAUAUUACCUAGAAUCCUUAUGGUAGUUCAUUACACUAAAAUUUUAUUUAAUGGCUCGUUAAAACACCUCUUAUGGAGUAUGAUUUCACCAUCGAAAAAAUGUUACAAUUUUUCAAUUAUUUUAUGAAUU